GAGUCUCGGUCCUCCUCUCGGACGCCAAAGUCAUUGGGUCUGCAACAAUUCACUUUCCUUUAGCUUCUAAUUGGUCAUCAUGGGUCAACAGUCAUGUGAUUCUCAAGAUCUUCUAGACGACGAUGUCUUCAACAUCCGUAUUUCCUUCAAUCCAUAAAAUUGUCUUUGCUUCUGAGGUUGGAGCUGAGGAAGAGGAUAACCAAAAAAAAUCAAUGGCGAGCUUUUCUUUACUUGUUUCCUUUACUGUUUUCCUCUGUUUCUGCUCUAUAUGUACGGUGUCCAUUGCAGUCAACGCCAUCACUCGAUCUCAGCCCCUGAGAGAUGGACAAACCUUAGUUUCCGGAGUCGCAAGAUUCGAACUGGGGUUCUUCAGUGCUAGGGAAUCUAGGAACCGUUAUGUUGGGAUUUGGUACAUGAACAUCCCUGUUCAAACGCUCGUCUGGGUUGCAAACAGAGAUAACCCACUUAACGACUCAUCCGGUGUACUCAGGAUCGAUGCCAGAGGCAAUCUCGUCCUCGUCAAUCAAAUAAAUUACAUAUUCUGGUCUUCGAAUUCGUCCAGAGCAGCUGAGAAUCCAGUGGUAGAGCUCCUGGAAUCUGGAAAUCUUGUUUUGCAAGACAAAAAAGAUGCUAUCCAAGAGGACUUCCUUUGGCAGAGCUUCGAUUACCCAUCGGAUACGUUGCUUCCUGGAAUGAAACUGGGUUGGAACUUGAAAACUGGAUUGAACCGUGGCCUAACGUCGUGGAAGAGCACCGAUGACCCUUCUUCUGGAGAGCUCAGAUUUGGGAUUGAGCUCCAUGGAUACCCAGAAGCAGUGAUGUGGAAUGGAAAAACAGAGCAUUAUCGGAGUGGGCCUUGGAACGGGCUGCGUUACUCUGGGGCACCUGAAUUGGCUCCCAACACGGUGUUUAGCUUCAGCUUCACGGCCAACGCGGACGAGGUGUACUAUAUGUACCAACUCAGCCAAGAGGGAUCGAUUCUAUCGAGGUUGGUGUUGAACCAAAGCAGCAACAAUGGCGGUGAGCUUCAACGUCUUACAUGGAAUACUAAGAGCAAUAGUUGGCAGCUGUUCUUAUCAGUGCCUAGAGAUUACUGCGACAAUUACGGUCUGUGUGGGGCGUACAGUAACUGCGACAUGAACCAGUCGCCGCUUUGCCGGUGUCUGCAAGGAUUCAAGCCAAAGUCGCCGGGAAACUGGAAUUCCUUGGAUUGGUCAGGCGGAUGUGUGCAAAAGACGGCGUUGGGUUGCAGUGAGCGACAUGGGUUUAUGAAAUUUAGUGGGUUGAAGCUGCCGGAUACGCGGCAUACAUGGGUGAACAGGAGCAUGGAUUUGGAGGAGUGCGAGGUGGAGUGCUUGAAGAAUUGUUCCUGUACCGCUUAUGCCAGAGCAGAUGUUAGAGGAGGCGGUAGUGGGUGUGCUCUCUGGUAUGGUGAUCUGAUCGACAUUAGACAGUUUCCUAUUAACAGUGCAAGUAGUGGGCAAGAUUUUUUCAUCCGAGUGGAUUCUUCCGAAUUGGCGGCACAAAGUGAUUCCAAUUCCAAGAAAAAGGUCAAAGUGAGAGCGGUAGUCGUAGUGGCUAUUGUUUCUGGAAUGCUUCUCCUGGGAUGCUCGGGUUUUCACCUUUGGAACUGGAAGAAGAAGGCAAGGCUUGAAGUAGGCAAGGAAGUGGAUACUGAAGAGAAAGAUAUCGUAGAUAAAAGCCGGAUGGAUGACCUUGAGCUAUCUUCCUUCGAUUUGGCCACCAUUGCCAGGGCCACAAAUAACUUCUCAGACUCAAAUAAGCUCGGUGAGGGUGGCUUUGGACCUGUUUACAAGGGUGUACUAUUUGGGGGACGAGAAAUAGCUGUGAAGAGACUCUCCAAGAACUCAGUACAAGGACUUGAUGAAUUCAAGAAUGAAGUGAUAUUAAUUUCAAAACUUCAACACAGGAAUCUCGUCAAGGUUCUUGGUUGUUGUAUUGAAGGUGCAGAAACCAUGUUGGUCUAUGAGUAUAUGGUGAACAAGAGCUUGGACUAUUAUAUUUUUGAUGAGAAAAGAAGCACAUUACUAGAUUGGGAAAAACGAUUCAACAUUGUUUUUGGGAUUGCUCGGGGACUUCUUUAUCUUCAUCAGGACUCUAGACUGCGAAUUAUUCACAGGGAUCUCAAAGCAAGCAAUAUUCUACUAGACUGCAAUAUGGAACCAAAAAUUUCAGAUUUUGGUAUGGCAAGAAUUUUUGGAGGAGAUCAAAUAGAAGCAGAAACAAACAAAGUGGUUGGAACAUAUGGUUAUAUGUCUCCUGAGUAUGCAAUAGAGGGGCUCUUUUCGGUGAAGUCAGAUGUUUUCAGCUUUGGAGUUCUGGUAUUAGAGAUGGUAAGUGGGAAGAAGAACAGGGGUUUUUAUCAUCCAGAACAUCAACUUAACCUACUUGGACAUGCAUGGACACUUUGGAAUGAAGAAAAGGCCUUGGAGCUGAUAGACCCAACAAUGAGAGAUUCAUGUGUUGCAACUGAAGUGUUACGAUGUAUUCAUGUGGGUCUCUUGUGCGUUCAACAACAAAUGGAGAACAGACCAACCAUGUCAUCGGUGGUGUUCAUGUUGGGUAAUGGAAAUGCAGUGCUACCCCAACCUCAGCAACCAGGCUUUUUUGCAGAGAAGUAUUCCAAGGCAAGUUCAUUUUCAAGUAUGCAACACUCCUCUUCCUUGAAUUGUGUAACCGUUACAUUGUUAUCAGGUCGAUGAGCAGAUUGUAAAGCCUUCAUAGUUCAUGGCUCUCCUACUGAUUUUCCAUGGUUUUACCUGUUAACUUCUCACUACCAUGUGUUUUGUAAAGUGAAAA